GAUUGGCUAUAUGCCCAGUCAGAGGUGGGCCACCCCUGGUGCCACCCCUAUCAAAAAUGUCUGGACACACCGCUGGGGUCACGAUGACUGAAGGGUCACUAUGAGAACUGCUUUUCUAUUUUUGUGGCUGGUGCAUCCAUUUUGAAUGAUGGGAAUGUGGUCGGACCAUUAUUUUACGACGUCUCAGUCUGUUUUGUAGUUCCACCUUCCUGUAUUCUGAAUGCUUAAAUAAGGAGCUGCUCCAGCUCAAAAUACAGAUGCUAAUCUACCAGUCUAAGAUGAAGCUGAUUCUGACUAUUUCCAUUACUUGGGCUCUUCUCCUCACAGGAACUACAGAUAGGAAGACAAUGGUAAACUGUAAAUUUAGGAUUUUAACAGCUGGAUUAUUCAACUAUUCAACUUCGGUAUCGAUCCGAUGUCUGAAUCUGUGCUCUGCUGUGACUCAGACGGCUGCAACAAACAGACUCUACCUGUCCCCAGUCAAGAGCCAAACGGCCUACAGUGUGAUUCCUGCAGCAGCUACUCAGACACUGUGUGUAACAACCCGGCAAACUGUGUCGGACUGGAGGAUACAUGUGCUGUUGUCAACGCAAGCACGGGUCUCUUCAAAGGCUGUAUAUCCUCAAAUAUGUGCAGUCUGUCUCUGAUGACCACUUUUGUGCCGUCUGCAACUAAAGAUGGGAUUUCCUGCGGCCGUGUGAAGAAUAUCGCAGCCAGCACUACCAGUGUGCUGAAUAUCAUAUUCCCCAAUAAAACCAGUGGUGGAAAGUAA